CCCAGAGGUGCCCCCAAAAAAACCUCCGAUGACAUGACACAGCAUUAUCAGGGGCCCACUACACGGCGCCAUGCGCGACGAGUGAACGCAAGUCCGUGGGUGUGUGCCACGUCUGACGACGCCCCAAGAGCGGCUCGUUCAGCUUCUACGAGAGAGAGAGCGUGGGCUCGUGUAACUGGUUGGCUAAAAUGUCCGGAUGAAAAGAGGUCUGACUAGAAAGGGAAAAGGGAAACCAGAAAAGAAUGAAGGACGAGAAAGUAAGGAAAGGGGAAUAAAUCCUUGCUGCGUAAUUAUUUCCCCACGGCAUUGGGAGCUGAAAUACCCCAUGUUUCGAUCCGGGGCAAGUAAAGGAAAGGGGCCAUUCAUAGUACCCUCCGCUGCCGUAGCCCGAAUAUCCCUCCCUCCAUUCAUCCCUACAAACCAGAUCCCCCACUCCCACGCCAUCAAAGGGGAGUUGAAACUUGAAACAGAGACCCUGCCCGCAGCCCGCAGCCCGCAGCCCGCAGAUUCCCCAACGGCGGUGCGGGCUCCUCCUUUGAGGUAGGCCCAGGUAAUUGCUUCUUGGGUAGGCAAUUAGUCAAUGCAGAGCACUACCGUCAUGCAUAUUCCUGUCCUUGUCCUGUCCUUAGCACAUACGUAGUCGUCCCCCUGUGCAUGGACCGAGCCAUUUGCACCCCCUCCCGGUCGGUCGGUUGGUCGGUCGGUCGCUUGUCCGUGCAAGACCCAACCCCUCUCCUCAGCGAGAGAAAGAGUGAACCGGGGAGAUAUUGGGCUAUAUGUGGUGGGUUCGCUCGCGCGUGGGGCCGCCCUUGCUCUCUCCCGCCUUGGCGUUUUUCUUACUUAUUCAUUGUUUCUCCUGCCUGCCUGCCUGCUCCGCUUCUAUUUUGGAAAGUGUGGCGUCUCACCUACCUACCUUGCUAUCAC